AUGGUGGAGAUUCGUGGGAGAUUCAAGAGAACUGAGUCGGCUUUCAAUGUGGCCGUGGCGCGUGCACUUAUGCCGUGUGACAACAGCAGCGGAAGCGAUCAUUCACCAGCGGACACGGCGGAUCUUUCGGAAUUGGUUGCUUCUUAUAUCGAAAUGGAAGGAGAAAAGAAGAAUCCGGAGGAAGACAUAGAAUAUUCUUCGGACAACGAGUACGAGGAUGUUAAGGAGAGGUUACGGGAGCUUCUACAAGGUUUAUCUGUAGGCAAAGAUCGGGUGAAAAUAAUGGCCGUGGUGGAGGUUGCCGGAAAAUUCGUCGGAGAUAUUGUUCAACAUGGUUCUUCUAAGCGCCAGUUGAUGACUUUUCUACGUAACAAGGGCUUUGAUGCAGGUCUUUGCAAGUCGCCGUGGGAAAGAUUCGGAAACAACACCGCCAGAAAAUACGAGUUCGUGGACGUUCAUUGCGACGGAGAUCAUAAUCGUUAUAUAGUGGAGACAAAUCUGGCCGGAGAGUUUGAAAUAGCCAGGCCAACGAAAAGAUACACCUCCAUAAUUAGCCAAGUGCCACGUGUCUUCGUGGGAACUCCUGAAGAGCUGAAAAAGCUCGUGAGGAUCAUGUGCCAUGAGAUAAGACGGUCGAUGAAGCAAGUGGGGAUACACGUGCCACCGUGGAGGAGAAACGGGUACAUGCAAGCUAAGUGGUUCGGUUUCUAUAAACGUACUUCGACGACGACCAAUCACGAAAUGGUUAAUACUACUAAUAGUAGCGUCGAUAUGAUGGGAUUUAAGGGCUGCAAGGAAGAGUUUUGGGAAGCAAAAGGUCUUAAGGUUAUGGUUGGUCAGCUUUCGGCUGCUUUCAACGCUAGCUAG